UAGCUACUUUGGACCAGACCGCAACUAGGGAAGGACUAGGGGGUUGGUGAUGUUCAGGGAUGUGGCUGUAGACUUCUCUCAGGAGGAGUGGGAAUGCCUGGACUCUACUCAGAGGGAUUUAUAUAGAGAUGUAAUGAUGGAGAAUUACAGCAACCUGGUCUUACUAGGGCUCUCUAUUCCUAAGCCUGAUGUGAUUUUCUUAUUAGAGCAAGGGAAAGAGCCCUGGAUGGUUUCAAGGAACAUGGUGGGAGGAUGGUGCCCAGACUUGGAGUUCAGAUGCAAAACCAAGGAAUUGUGUCUGCAAAAAGAAAUUUAUGAAGUAACAUCAUCCCAAUGGAUGAUAAUGGAAACAAGUCAUAGCAUUGUGGGCUCCAGUAUCAGAGAUGUCUGGGAAUGCAAAGACCAGUUUGAGAGGCAACAGAUAAAUCAGGAGGGAUAUUUGGGGCAAGCAUUAAUGACUUGCAAAAAAAUGCCAACUUUCAGCCUAUAA